AAACAAUUUAGUAUCAAUACUACAAGAAAGAAAAAAACAAAAAUACAUUCUAAAUAUCUUGUUAACCACGGAAAAAAGAAAGAAGACCAAGUAAGCAAAAAACAUUUUCUGGCCUGCUUGCAAGAUAUACCAUCACCACCACCACCACCAUGCUCAAUUUUCAGAACUUGUCUCUCCUAUUACUGGCGUUGGUGUUUCUGCCACUGAAGCUUGUGAUCAGCGGGAACCAAUGCACGGAUAAAUGUGGAGGGGUUAGUAUUCAAUUUCCAUUUUAUCUCAGAAACAGCAAGCUAAAUCACACCGCCGAAUAUCCCCCUGGGUUCGAUCUGCUAUGUACGGAAAACAAGAAGACGUUGAUACUUGAGCUGCCUAAUGUUCCAACAAAAUUGGCAGUCAGAAAAAUUGAUUACAAAUCUCAGCAGAUUCAAAUCUACGACCCUGCAAAUUGCCUUCCCUCUCAGCUAUUGCAACUCAGCAACGCAUCAAUUUCUCCAUUCCAAUUCCCCUCAUAUGAUUAUGCUUUCAAGACUAGGCGUAACUUUUCCUUCUUCCGUUGCGAUUCAAUGUCGUCGUCGUGUCCUAUUUUGUUACUUUCUUCUUACCUGGACGUUAUUAGAUUCCCUGAAAUACUAUCCUGCACCAAGGUGAAAGAUGUUUUGUCUGCCAACUGGAUGGAUCAAUAUUCGCUUUAUGACCCGACCGUGACUAUAGAAUGGUCGAAACCUGACUGCAAACACUGUGAAACACAAAACCAGAAAUGUAAAUGGAAGAAUAGUACCAAAGGUGAAACUGAAUGUUUCGUUUGCUCAACAAACACGACUCCCACAUCAACUAUUGUACUCAUUGCUGCAGGAGGAAUAGUUGGUUUGAUGCUUUUGGUACUUACGGUCACUUGCAUUGUUUGUGUGUAUCACUAUUAUGAGAAGAAAGGAGAAGAUCAAGCUAGAAUAGAGAAAUUCUUGGAGGAUUAUAGGGCAAUGAAGCCCACGAGAUUCACUUAUGCUGACAUUAAGAGAAUCACAAAUGGGUUUAGUGAAAGCUUAGGGGAAGGAGCUCACGGAGUAGUGUUCAAAGGAAUGCUCUCUCGAGAAAUUCUGGUUGCUGUGAAGAUACUCAACGACACAGUGGGAGAUGGGAAGGAUUUCAUAAAUGAAGUGGGAACCAUAGGGAAAAUUCAUCACGUUAACGUUGUUCGCUUGCUUGGAUUUUGUGCGGAUGGGUUCCAUCGCGCACUCGUUUAUGAUUUCUUCCCAAACGGGUCACUGCAGAGAUUCUUGGCUCCACCAGACAAGAAGGGUGUUUUUCUUGGCUGGGAGAAGUUGCAACAAAUUGCUCUUGGUGUUGCCAGAGGAAUUGAGUAUCUCCAUCUUGGUUGUGAUCAUAGAAUACUUCACUUUGACAUCAAUCCUCACAAUGUUUUGUUGGAUGACAACUUGGUCCCAAAAAUCACUGACUUUGGACUUUCCAAAUUGUGUCCCAAAAAUCAAAGCACAGUGUCAAUGACUGCAGCCAGGGGAACUUUGGGCUACAUUGCCCCUGAAGUUUUCUCAAGGAACUUUGGUAACGUGUCUUACAAGUCUGACAUCUACAGUUAUGGAAUGUUACUGCUAGAAAUGGUUGGAGGAAGAAAGAAUAUAGAUGCUGAGGAAAGUUUUCAAGUUUUGUACCCUGAAUGGAUCCAUAAUUUGCUUGAAGGUAGAGACGUGCAAAUUAGUGUUGAGGAUGAGGGAGAUGUUGAAAUUGCAAAGAAACUCGCCAUUGUAGGACUUUGGUGCAUUCAGUGGAAUCCAGUGAACCGUCCAUCCAUGAAAACGGUGGUACAAAUGCUUGAAGGGGUUGGAGAUGAAUUAAUUGCACCCCCUACUCCUUUUGACAUCUCUGGAUCUUCUAGAACAAAUGAUGAUGUUCCAACAAGUCGUCAGAAUUUCAAGUUGGAAGUUAUUGAUGAAAUACAAGAGUAAAUAAUAUGAGCCACUUUUAGGUUUCCUUCAAAUGUAAUCUGUACUUUAAUUUAUAGAAAUUAUGAGAUUUAUCAGCAUUGUUAAUAGUCUAUUAAUCAUGUAAACUUAUUAAUCUACUACUUGUUUAUUGUUUCUUAUGUUAUGCUUCUA